CCACAAAAACUCGGCAACACCUCAAUAGUUGAGCAGGGGAGUUGAUUACCCACUUCAAAGCCAUGUUUGCUUUGCUCAUACUCGCCAUGCUAGGGAUGGCUGAAGCCCGACAAUCUGCAGUUUUGAGUAACGCAGAGGGGAGUACCACCCAGCCUCUGAACCACCCAAUUAGUCAGUUGGAGACCAGAUCCAUGCGGGGCGAUCAUACCAGCAUGAGUACUUCAAAUUUGACUCCCGCCUCUACUGGUAACUGCCCCACUAUAUGCGGUAACUUGAGCUUCAUCUACCCAUUUGGCAUAGGAACUGGCUGCUUCAGGAAUCGGGACUUCAGUCUCAGCUGCAACCGCACCACUCAUCCCCCAAAACUUUUCUUGCAUGGUGAUAGUACAACCCAGGUUGUGGAUAAUAUUUCCGCCGUUGGCAUGUUGCUACCUUUGGGGGACGAACAGUUCGGGUCGGGGUGGCAGUUAAACUUUCUUCAGGUCAUUUUUUCCAAAAUCAUCCCCAUGAAAUCUGGCAUCGAUACCUACAACAUGUCAUGGACUCCGGGGAAUAGUUUUACCAUUUAUGAGAUCAUGUUUCUUUCUGUCAUUACUUGUGACUUGGAUGUAUACUUGGUAGAUAAAGCCAGCGGUACACGUACGUUAGUCUGCAGCGUAACCUGUCCCAGCAUAAAGAUCGCAGAGCAAGUGUAUAAACAGGAUCCCGAUGGACCUGGGUCGUGUGUACUUUCUGCAGUUACGUUUGUUCGUACAAUUGACUUUCAAUUUGUUCGCCGCAAUACAAGUAAGAUAAAAACACAAUCUAUUCUGAGCAUUUUGUGGGAUACAAUCAACAUAAAUAUUGCGGCCCCACUCAUGUGGAGUAUCAUGGACCAACCGAGCUGCUCCAGGAGCACAGAAGAUGCCAACUAUGCAUGUGUCAGCAACCACAGCGAAUGCACAACUCCUUUAUCCGGGAAAGGUUAUGUGUGCCGGUGCAGCAGUGGUUAUGAAGGCAAUCCGUAUAUCUCCGAUGGCUGCUUGCCCGACCACGAGUAUAAUCCAAGACCACGACAGGUGAAUUGUUCUCGAGAGUGUGGGAAUAUCAGUGUCCCAUUUCCUUUCGGAGUAGAAGAAGGUUGUUCUGCGAGAAAAACUUUUCAGCUCAACUGCUCAAACACUACACCGCCGGUUCUCCAGCAUAAUUUUGGCACCAUUGUGACAUACAUAAACGUUAGUGAGGGGCUUCUGGGAGUCAAAUAUGACUCAAGUAUUGGAGAGGGUUUAAUUAACAGUUUAGAUACUCAAGGACCAAACUUGUAUGUCGAUCCUCUAGAAUCAACCUCUGUGCGAUGGGCUGCUGCGAAUCUUACAUGCCAAGAGGCCAAAAAGAACACCUCUGGAUAUGCAUGUGUAAGUAUCCAUAGCUCAUGCCUGGGUGUCUUCAGCUCCAUCAAUGGCUAUGUUGGAUACAGGUGCGCAUGUUUGCAUGGUUUUCAAGGAAAUCCAUACAUCGCAGAUGGUUGUGAAGAUAUUGAUGAGUGCCUACGAACACCAGGAAUUUGCAAAGGCAUUUGCGAGAACACUGUCGGGAACUACAUUUGCACCAACUGCCCUGAUCAUACAGAGUAUGAUAUAACAAAAAUGCAGUGCACUCCACGAAGAAAGCAAAAUCUCUUCUUAGGUAUUGUAAUUGGGCUUAGCAGUGGCUUUGGCACGCUACUUUUCGGUUUAACUGCAAUAAUUCUCUUUCGAAGAUGGAAAAGAAAUGUCCAGAAGACACUAAGAAGGAAGUAUUUCCGAAAGAACAAGGGCCUUCUCUUAGAACAACUGAUAUCAGCAGACGAAGAUGCGAGCGAGAAGACAAAGAUUUUCUCCAUAGAAGAGCUUAAAAGGGCAAUUAAUAACUUUGAUCCUGCACGUAUCCUUGGACGUGGAGGGCAUGGCACAGUCUACAAAGGGAUAUUGUCAAACCAGCAUGUGGUGGCCAUAAAAAAAUCCAAGCUUCUGGGGGAGGGUGAGAUCAGCGAUUUCAUCAACGAGGUUGCAAUCCUCUCUCAGAUAAAUCACCGGAAUAUCGUAAAACUUUUUGGGUGUUGUCUUGAAACUGAGGUCCCAUUACUAGUGUAUGACUUCAUUCCAAAUGGUUCAUUGUUUGAAAUUCUUAAUUGCCAUUCCAGCGACAUAUUUUCUUUGUCAUGGGACGACUGCCUACGGAUCGCAUCAGAAGCUGCAGGGGCUUUAUAUUAUCUGCACUCUGCAGCAUCAGUAUCAAUCUUCCAUCAUGAUGUGAAGUCCUCUAAUAUACUCUUGGAUGCAAACUAUGCUGCAAAGGUUUCGGAUUUUGGCGCUUCAAGAACUGUCCCUAUUGAUCAAAGCCAUCUUGUCACAAAUGUACAAGGCACAUUCGGUUACUUGGAUCCAGAAUAUUACCAGACUGGGCAGCUAAAUGAGAAGAGUGAUGUUUACAGUUUUGGUGUUGUACUUCUAGAACUUCUUUUGAGGAAACAACCCGUUUUUACAUCCGCGGAUGGAAUGAAGGAGAACCUGUGUAAUUAUUUCUUCUCGGAGAUCAAGUCGAGACAACCCAAAGAUAUAGUAGCAGCUCAAAUUCUUGAAGAAGCAACUGAAGAAGAGAUCAACAAGGUUGCUUCCCUUGCGGAAAUGUGCUUGAGGCUAAAAGGAGAAGAAAGGCCAACAAUGAAGCAUGUAGAGACAACAUUGCAGGUAUUGCGAGGGAAUCGGGUGUAUUCAUGUCAACUUGAUCUAGCUGUUCAGAGAGGGUUGCAAGGUCACCAGUCCCUAGUCGAGAACCUGGAAGGGAGAACUUGUAACACGGCAUCACAGCGCAGCCGAAACGCGUGCUACAGCUUGGAGCAAGAAUUCCUGUCGUCCGCUAGCCUGCCACGCUAGAUUUUCUUGUCUAGUCUCCAAUGGUUUUGUCACUGUUGUUCUUUUUAAAUGUAGUCGAUUGCCAUAUAGACCACCUUAUUAUUUUGUAGGCCCUACAUGAAGUCAUCUUUUUUAUCUUUUUUGCUUGAUGAUGUAACGAUACUUUGAUUUGGGACGGCAAGUUUCAGACGUACUCUUUUCCUUUCAGGGUAUCUAAGGGGCUGGAAGGUUUUUAAUGA